UCCCGUAGCCUGGAUCACAUUACAUUCUUUCACUCCUCUCUCUACAAAUCCCUUUCCUGCAAGUUUUCUGGGGAAGAAAAGUGUUUUGUGCGAUGCUGAUGCAUGCCUGAACAUCGGAGCCCACAGCUUCGUCCUGCAGGACUUUGCACUGGAUUUUGGGAUUCCUUGGAGUGAAUGAAGGAACUAAAAUGGAGGAGGGCAGAUUGCAGCGCUGCGCUGGGCUGGAGCCAUCCUAUUGAGUGCAACGAGACAAAGCUGUGUGGAGUUUGGGGCCAUUUCUGCUUUGUGUUCAUCUUCAAGAUAGUUUUCCUGCCCCCCAUCCUCUUUUAAACAUGUCCUCCUCCAUGGUGCUAUGGAUCUGCUGGAUUGCGGGGAUCUUCUACAGCUUCUUCAUGUCUGCAUCUGGAGAGAUUCACUUUAACGAAUCCCUGUACAUGGAUAGGUGCAAGAAGACCACCACUUGUGAAUCCCUCAAAUACAACAUUUGCCUUGGAUCUGCUUUACCCUAUGCCUUUACUUCCACUGCCUUGGCUGAGGAUUCCCUUUCUCAGGAAGAAGUUCAUGAUAAACUGUUGCUUUGGUCUGGCUUAAGGAAUGCCCCACGUUGCUGGGAGGCCAUACAACCUCUACUAUGUGCUGUGUACAUGCCAAAGUGCGAAGGAGGCAAAGUAGAGCUUCCAAGUCAAGGCCUAUGUCAGGCUACACGCGGCCCCUGCGCCAUUGUAGAGCGGGAGAGGGGCUGGCCAGACUUUCUAAAGUGCACCACAGAUCGCUUCCCAGAGGGCUGUCCGAAUGAGGUGCAAAACAUGAAGUUUAACAGCUCCGGGCAGUGUGAGGCUCCCUUGGUCCGCACAGAUAACCCUAAAAGCUGGUACGAGGAUGUGGAAGGCUGUGGCAUUCAGUGUGAGAAUCCACUGUUUACCCAGAAGGAGCAUCGAGAAAUGCAUGUCUACAUUGCCAUAUUCAGUUCAGUCACCAUAUUCUGUACCUUUUUUACACUGGCCACAUUUCUCUCAGACUGGAAAAACUCUAACCGCUACCCUGCUGUGAUUCUUUUUUAUGUCAAUGCCUGCUUUUUCAUGGGCAGCAUUGGAUGGCUUGCUCAGUUUAUGGAUGGUGCUCGUAAUGAAAUUGUUUGUCGGGGAGAUGGCACCAUGAGGCUUGGCGAGCCCACGUCAAAUGAGACUCUCUCUUGCGUUAUUAUUUUUGUCAUUGUUUACUACUCCAUGAUGUCAGGAGUGAUCUGGUUUGUUAUGCUGACAUAUGCUUGGCAUACCUCCUUUAAAGCCCUGGGUACCACUCACCAGCCCCUCUCUGGCAAGACUUCAUACUUCCACCUGGUCACGUGGUCUAUUCCCUUUGUCCUCACAGUGGCCAUCCUUGCAGUGGCUCAGGUUGAUGGCGACUCUGUGAGCGGAAUCUGCUUUGUCGGGUACAAGAACUACCGCUUCAGAGCCGGCUUUGUGCUGGCUCCAAUUGGAGUUGUGCUAAUUGUUGGAGGUUAUUUUUUAAUCAGAGGCGUAAUGACAUUGCUUUCUAUCAAGAGUAAUCACCCUGGGCUCCUGAGCGAGAAAGCAGCUAGUAAAAUAAAUGAAACCAUGUUGCGACUAGGAAUAUUUGGAUUCUUAGCCUUUGGUUUUGUACUCAUCACCUUCAGCUGUCAUUUCUAUGACUUCUUCAACCAGGCAGAGUGGGAGAGAAGUUUCCGUGAAUAUGUCCUGUGCGAGGCCAACGUGACUAUUGCUGCUCAAACAAAUAAGCCCAUUCCUGAGUGUGAAAUAAAGAACAGGCCCAGUCUUCUGGUAGAAAAGAUUAACCUCUUUGCCAUGUUUGGCACUGGCAUAGCCAUGAGCACAUGGGUGUGGACCAAAGCAACCAUUAUCAUCUGGAAGAGAGCCUGGUGCAGAAUUUUAGGUCGCAGUGAUGAUGAACCAAAGAGAAUCAAGAAAAGUAAAAUGAUUGCAAAGGCAUUUUCGAAGAGGAAGGAGUUGCUUAAUAACCCUGAAAGGGAACUGUCCUUCAGUCUUCAUACAGUGUCCCACGAAGGACCAGUUGCGGGUCUUAACUUUGAUAUUAAUGAGCCAUCAGCUGACAUGUCGUCGGCAUGGGCACAGCAUGUCACAAAGAUGGUUGCCAGGAGAGGAGCCAUUUUACCUCAAGAUGUUUCUGUGACUCCCGUGGCAACUCCAGUGCCUCCUGAAGAGAGAGAAAAUGUAUGGCUGGUAGAGGCAGAUAAUCAUUAUGGACUGGAGAAGAAAACUAAGAAGAAGAAAAGGAGAAGGAAGAAAGAGAUCAGAUUAGUGGAUGAAAGAAAAGGCAUUGAAAACUAUAAUGCAAGGGCUUCAACAGCAGUACCUCGUCUCCCAAAGCUUCCUGUUAAGCCCAACCUUGUGACCAGGGCAGUGGAACCCCAGGAAUUUGAACAGGCCCUUCCAGGAUCCUACAGAGAAUAUAGGAGAUGGCCUCCUAUUACUGGAGGAUUAUACCACAUGGAUAAUAUGGAUGACCACCUUGGAUACAAAAAAUACACUCAUACCAAUUGUAUUUCUCACCCUUACUCCACUGAUGAGCUUCCUAUAGCUCAACAGAGUGGAGUUCAAUUUAUCCCUCAUCCAAGGCGUGAUGGCAUAUUCCAGUACUCAAAUGGGAAUCUCCCGUCAUAUGCCACAAGACACGGUCCCUGCAAUGACAGGACUCAAACUAGAAGAGCAGAGAUUCCCCCCAUGCAUUCCAGAGCAAACCUUAUGGAUGCUGAACUCAUGGACACAGAUUCAGAUUUCUAGCCCUACAGCAGGCACUUGAAGAACUUUUUAAGUUAAUUUAGAAUGCAAUUAACAGACGCAAUCCAAGUCUUCUGGACCCUCUAUGUAUUAAGAAAGGUUCCUAAAAUGGAGACCUAUACAGAGGUCUGGAAUCUGGGUGAAUGCAUAUAUGUGGAGGAGGAUGUAAUUUAAUUGGAAUUGUCUCUAAAAAUGACACCAUCAGAUGGAUGGAAACUGACACAAAAGCAGCUUAAUUUAACGUUUGUUCACAAUGAUGCAACUA